UGUUUUGCGGCAUCUUCCGAACGAAAUUUUGUUGAAAAUUGUAAAAAUUUCUAAAAAGAAUUAAUGAAAACACAAUAAAUAUAUUGCAAACAAUACCCAAACUAUGGCUAAAACCGAUAGUGGCUCUUUGGCCAUGGAUAUAGAUUUCCCCGAGGAAGAUGUACCCUAUGAAGAGGAAAUUUUGCGUAAUGCUUACUCUGUAAAGCAUUGGUUACGUUACAUUGAUCACAAGGCUAAGGCCCCCAACAAUGCUGUUAAUAUUGUGUAUGAAAGAGCUUUGAAAGAGUUGCCCGGCAGUUAUAAGAUUUGGUACAACUAUUUGCGCACCCGUAGGAAGCAAGUACGUGGCAAAUGUAUUACGGAUGCCAUGUACGAGGAAGUGAACAAUACGUUUGAAAGAGCUUUAGUGUUUAUGCAUAAAAUGCCUCGUAUUUGGAUGGACUAUGGCUCCUUUAUGACUUUGCAAUGUAAGAUUACUCGUACCAGGCACGUUUUCGAUCGCGCCUUGAGAGCUCUUCCCAUUACCCAACAUCAUCGCAUUUGGCCUUUGUAUUUAAAGUUUGUGCAAAAGUAUGAUAUACCGGAAACGGCGGUAAGAAUCUUUAGGCGUUACUUAAAAUUGGCACCAGAUGAUGCCGAGGAGUAUAUCGAGUAUCUGUUGAGUGUGGGACGUUUAGAUGAUGCUGCCCAGCAGCUGGCUAAUAUAGUAGACAAUGAGCAUUUCGUUUCCAGACAUGGUAAAUCCAAUCAUCAGCUUUGGAAUGAGUUGUGCGACUUAAUAUCGAAAAAUCCCGAUAAAGUACAUUCCCUAAAUGUGGAUGCCAUUAUACGAGGUGGUCUGAGGAGAUACACCGAUCAAUUGGGUCAUUUGUGGAAUUGUUUGGCUGAUUACUAUGUGCGUUCUGGUCUCUUUGAUAGAGCACGCGAUAUUUAUGAGGAAGCCAUUCAAACAGUCAGAACUGUGCGUGAUUUUACCCAGGUGUUUGAUGAAUAUGCUCAAUUUGAAGAAUUGUCUUUAAAUAAACGUAUGGAAAUUGUGGCCAACGACCCCACAGCUACUGAGGAAGAUGAUAUUGAUGUGGAAUUGAGAUUGGCUCGCUUUGAACAUCUUAUGGAAAGACGUUUGUUGUUGCUUAACAGUGUGUUGUUGCGUCAAAAUCCUCACAAUGUACAUGAGUGGCAUAAACGUGUGAAAUUGUAUGAAGACAAGCCUCAUGAAAUAAUCAAUACCUACACGGAGGCUGUGCAAACAGUGCAACCUAAACUGGCAGUGGGUAAAUUACACACUUUAUGGAUAGAGUUUGCUAAAUUCUAUGAAUCUAAUGGUCAAGUUGAAGAUGCUCGUGUGGUAUUUGAAAGAGGCACGGAGAUAGAGUAUGUCAAGGUGGAAGAUUUGGCUAGUGUUUGGUGUGAAUGGGCUGAGAUGGAAAUACGCCAGGAGAAUUUCGAAGGAGCUCUUAAACUCAUGCAAAAGGCCACUGUUAUGCCCAAGCGAAAAGUGGCUUAUCAUGAUGACUCGGAAACUGUACAAAUGCGUUUGUACAAGUCUUUAAAAGUGUGGUCCAUGUAUGCUGAUUUGGAGGAAUCAUUUGGCACAUUCAAAACUUGCAAAGCGGUCUAUGAUCGUAUAAUUGAUUUGAAAAUCUGUACCCCACAAAUCAUUAUUAACUAUGGUCUAUUUUUGGAAGAGCACAAUUACUUUGAGGAGGCCUUUAGGGCCUAUGAAAAGGGCAUAGCGCUCUUUAAGUGGCCCAAUGUCUAUGACAUUUGGAAUGCCUACCUCACUAAAUUCCUUAAACGUUAUGGUGGCUCUAAGCUGGAAAGAGCCAGAGAUUUGUUUGAGCAAUGCUUGGAAAAUUGUCCUCCGGAACAUGCGAAAUACUUCUAUUUGCUCUAUGCCAAAUUGGAGGAGGACCAUGGUUUGGCCAGACAUGCAAUGGCGGUAUAUGAUAGAGCCACAAGUGCCGUCAAGCCAGAGGAAAUGUAUGACAUGUAUAAUAUAUUUGUUAAAAAGGCGGCGGAAAUUUAUGGUUUGCCGCGCACCAGAGAAAUCUAUGAAAAGGCCAUUGAAUGUUUGCCCGAGGAAAAUAUGCGUCAUAUGUGUGUGAGAUUUGCAGAAAUGGAAACUAAAUUGGGAGAAAUAGACAGAGCUAGGGCUAUAUAUGCACAUUGUUCACAGGUAUGUGAUCCUCGUAUUACAGCAGAUUUUUGGCAAACUUGGAAAGAAUUCGAGGUUAGACAUGGCAAUGAAGAUACCAUGCGUGAAAUGUUGCGUAUCAAACGUUCGGUACAGGCCACUUACAAUACACAAGUUAAUAUGAUGGCAGCACAAUACAUAGCCAACCAUACUGCUGCUGAUUCCUCAGCUGGCGACGCUAUGCGUAUGUUGGAUGCCAAAGCAGCCGAGGCAAAUAAUCAACAAAAAGAUAAACCUGCACUCAAGCCACAAACUUCCUCAAACAUUAUGUUUGUACGUGGCGAAACACAAGGCGGUUUAGCUAAAGAUAAAGUGGUUAAUCCCGAUGAAAUUGAUAUUGGCGACAGUGAUGAAGAAGACAUGGAUGACGAUGAUGAUGAUGAGGAGAAUAAUGACACUGAAACUAAUGAUGCGCAACAUUCAAAGGCUACACGUAAAGAUGACAAUGAUGUGGUAAUGAAGAAACUGAGAAUAGAACAAAAGUCAAUACCAUCUAAAGUGUUUGGCGGUUUAAAACCUGCUGCUAAUGAAGAGGAGGAUGAUGAUUGAAGAGUGUUAUUAAUGUAAAGAAAGUAGGAAAAGUUGAACAAAAUGUCUUAUCACCGGAAAAUAUAUAAAAGAUUUAUUAUAAAGUGUAA